AUGGCCGAGAAACUGUCCGACGAGCAGGUUGCCAAUCUGCUGGUCCUUCUGCGUAAGGAUGUGUCCGUCGAGGCCAAGGUCCAGCAGGUCACGGCCACCAAGUCGGCAAUCAAGCAGCACAAUGUCCCAGACAGCUGUAUUCCUCAGCUAUUUGAGGCAUUGCGCCUCGCUUCCAGCUCUCAGCACUCCGCCAUUGUCACCGCUGGCUUUGCCGCUCUCAACCACCUCUUGACGCGAUUGUCCCGUCAAGACCCCAAAUUCAUCGUUCGGGAGGCAAAACAAACGCUGCCCCUGAUCGUCGACAAGAUGGGCGACCAAAAGGACAAGUUCCGGACUCUCGCGAUACAAGCCAUGGCGACGUACUACACUCAAUCUCCAGCCGAUGCAGAACGCUCCGUGCGCAAUAUCGCGCUGGUGGGUAAGAAUCCCAGGGCGAAGGAGUCUGGCAUGCAAUGGCUUCUCCAGAUGCACAAGGAGCAUGGCCUGCAGUUCAGGGCCUACGUGCCAACACUCAUGGAUCUUCUUGAAGACGCAGACGGGAUGGUCAGGGACGUCGCCAAGCAGACGGUGAUAGAGCUCUUCAAAGAUGCACCCAACGCCGCCAAGUCUGACCUAAAGAAACAACUGAAGAAUUUCAAGGUGCGGCCAGCCAUUGAGAGCGCCAUCGUCAAAGAGCUCAAUCCCGUGGGAGCUGUGAAGCGUGACCUCGGAGAAGCCCGCCCAGCUUCUGCAGCAUCUACCAGACCGAACUUGGGCGCCAGUGUCUCGUCAAUGUCAAGCGAGCGACCUACCACACCAGCGCCGCCACCAGAGGCCACAGCCGAAGCGGUCGAGCCGUCCUACGUCAACACACAACGCGAACUAGACGAAAUCUUCAAGGACAUGCACUACUGGUUCGAGGGCAAAGAAUCGGAACAGAACUGGCUCAAACGUGAAGAGAGCGUUAGGAAACUGCGGAAACUCACUGCUGGCAAUGGGCCAUCAGACUUUCCGGAUGCCUUUGUUGCGGGUGCCCGCGCCCUGUUGGACGGUAUCAUCAAGGCCGUCAUAUCACUGCGAACAAGUUUGUCCAAAGAAGGCUGCUCGCUGGUUCAGGACCUUGCCAACACGUUUGGACCAGCCAUUGAUCCCAUGGUGGAGCUUCUCAUGCAGACAUUCAUCAAACUGUGCGCCGCCACCAAGAAAAUCGCUUCACAGCAAGCCAAUAUGACUGUCGACACGAUCAUCGGCAAAUGCACAUACACCCCUAGAAUCAUGCAGCAUAUAUGGGCGGCAUGCCAAGACAAGAACGUACAACCCCGUACUUAUGCUGCGGGAUGGCUCCAAACCCUGAUGAAAAAAGAGGCUCAUCACAAGAGCCAUAUCGAGCACGGUGGUGGCCUGGACCUCAUCGAAAAAUGUCUCAAGAAAGGCCUCGCAGACUCCAACCCUGGUGUCCGUGAGAGAUGUCGCGCGACUUAUUGGCAAUUCGCCGGGAUCUGGCCUGCAAAAGCAGAAGCGAUUAUGGAGUCGCUGGACGCUGUUGCGCAGAAACUCUUGCGCAAUGACCCUCACAAUCCCAACUCGCCAAAGAAAGCCGAGGCUGCCGCCCCUGCCCGGCCUGGUUUAGGACUCUCAAAGAGCACGAUGGGAGGCACCAAGCCCUCUCUUCGCGAAGCGAUGAUGGCACAGAAGAGACAGUUGGCGGCCAAGAAUCUGCCAGCGCGGCCUGGAUCUGCAAUGGCAACCAUCACGCCGGCACGACCAGCAACCACGACCACAAGCACGACACAUUCGGCAGCUCCAGCCACCAGGCCGCGCCCAGAAGCGUCGACCUUGUCCACUGGCGGCAUGUCUCAUGCACCGAUGCGUCCUGCCCGGAGACGACCGGAGAUGGCUGCGCGCCCUGCUACUGCCGGACCCUAUUCUGUCAGAUCCCACGAUGCAGCUUCUACAGAACGCACGAGCCCGUCAGAUGCGGCGAAGAAGCCAGUGCUCAGCAAACCGAUUUCAGGCUCUCCUAAGAGGACUGCGCCUCGAGCUCGGCCUGGCCACCAAGCGACUGCAAGCGAGUCAAAUGUGGCAACCAUAACAACGCCAUCCAGGCCUCCCACUGCUCCCAAGGCGGUGGCACCACCGUCUCGUAUAAGUCCCUCCAAGUCGCAGACGGUGGCAAACGCGAUUGUCUACACUAGCCCUUCCAAGUCCUCGGAAGACUUCACGUUGGUCGUGCCGGAGGUUGCCAGCUUGAAACAAAGCGCGCGGCCAAGCUCUCCAAGCCCAAACACGACACCUGUUGGCACCCCAAGAUCUACACCCGUUGCAGAGCCUGUGCUCUCCACGCCCUCAAAGACACCCCUCAAAGUCUUUGAAGAUCCUUUCACGGCUGAAGCAAAGGAGACGCCUAGGCCGACCAGUUCUCCAGAGGUGGUGCAACGUCCAGUCCUGGAGGACAAGCCCGUCAAUGAAGACGCAGCUGUCCCUGGGCGAAUGAGCAAGGACGUCGGAGAGCAAGCACUGAGCCCAGCGUCAGAAGUGUCACCGGAGAAGGCCCGCCAGUACGCGCGGUUGCUUGAGAGCGGAAUUACACGAGUAAAGGCCCAAACACUGGAUGUGCAUGGCUUCCGCAAGCUACAGAGUGUGAUCCGGGACAACAAGUCCCUGUUCUCAGACGAGACUUUUGAUGCCCUGCUAGUUGGACUCUUUGAAUAUCUGGAGUCGCCGCUCGCGGAUCUGGCUCCUGAGAAGAUCCAGGAUGUCAAGGCGCAGAUACUUGCAACAGUGAAGCUGAUGCUGAAGAAGACGCCCAACAACUUCCAGCCACACAUAUCGAGAGGACUGGAGGCGCUUCUUGCUGCGCGUGCUUGCUAUGAUGCUCGCACACACAUUGUGAGCGGUCUGGAGCUACUGGCCGACGAGCUUGUUGUUCUCGGGGAUGCUGAUGAGAUCGUCGUAACCAUGACUAAGAAGUUGUCGAGCAUGGACGCGACUGACACCUCGGGCAGCCGAAGUAUGAGCAUGGGGUUGCAUAUCCUACGGCAGCUGAUUGAGACUAAGACGACUUUCGUGCCCACCGAAGCGGAGAUUGAAUCUCUUGCUGCGCUCUCAAGCACAUGCCUUGAGAGCAAGGAAAGUGGUGUAAGGAUGGACGCCGUGCAGCUCUGCGUAGCUCUACACGCGCGAGUUGGCGAGACCAAGUUUUGGUCAUGCAUGAAGAACGUCAAGGACGAUCCGAAGAGCCUCAUCACCUACUACGUUGUGAAGCGGCAACGGGAGAACCAAGCUGCCCGAGCUUAA